GGGGUGUGUGUUUGGUCCAGCUGCGAGCAGAGGCGCUCGGAGAGGCGCAGCGGCAACAACAACAACUCGAGAGCCGCGACCCGUUAGAUGGCUCAGAGCAUGGACAACGGCCUCGACAGCCUGGAUCUGUCCUCUGGGUUAAUAAUUGAAUUUUCUGAUAAUGGCACGGAUGAGGUUGGUUCAGGUGACUAUGGAGACUACGGAGAACCAUGCUUUCAGCAUGAAAAUGCCGAUUUCAACCGGAUCUUCUUGCCAACAAUCUAUUCCAUCAUCUUCCUAACGGGAAUAAUCGGCAAUGGAUUGGUUAUUGUUGUUAUGGGCUACCAGAAGAAACAAAGGAGCAUGACUGAUAAAUACAGACUGCACCUCUCUGUUGCUGACCUCCUUUUCGUCAUCACCUUGCCAUUCUGGUCUGUGGAUGCAGCCAUCAGCUGGUACUUUGGGAAUGUUCUGUGUAAGGCGGUUCAUGUCAUUUACACAGUCAAUCUCUAUAGCAGUGUCUUGAUUUUGGCUUUUAUAAGUUUAGAUCGUUACCUGGCAAUAGUCCAUGCUACCAACAGCCAACGACCACGAAAGCUGUUGGCUGAGAAGGUGGUGUAUGUGGGUGUAUGGCUACCAGCUGUGCUUUUGACAGUGCCUGAUAUAAUUUUUGCUAGUACUAGUGAAGUAGAAGGAAAAUAUCUGUGUGAUCGCAUGUACCCUCAUGAAAACUGGCUGAUUUCUUUCAGAUUUCAGCAUAUCUUGGUAGGACUUGUCUUGCCUGGUCUAAUAAUCCUGACUUGCUACUGUAUUAUAAUAUCUAAGCUGUCACAUUCGAAAGGCCACCAGAAACGCAAAGCCUUGAAGACAACUGUUAUCCUCAUCCUCGCCUUCUUUGCCUGCUGGCUGCCAUAUUAUAUUGGCAUCAGCAUUGACACAUUCAUCUUGCUAGGAGUCAUCAGACACCGUUGCAGCUUGGAGACAAUAGUGCAUAAAUGGAUCUCCAUUACCGAAGCUCUCGCAUUCUUCCACUGUUGCCUGAAUCCAAUUCUGUAUGCCUUCCUGGGUGCCAAGUUCAAAACAUCAGCACAAAAUGCCUUGACAUCAGUUAGCAGAGGAUCAAGCCUCAAGAUCCUUUCAAAAAGCAAACGUGGGGGACAUUCUUCUGUUUCUACAGAGUCCGAGUCUUCAAGCUUCCAUUCCAGCUAACGCUGCUCCUUGCCAUCAAAACAGACACUUUAAUGUUGCGUGAGACUUCAGAAAAAUAAGACUGACCAUAAUGUACAGAUUUAUUUACAGUUGGGAUUUUAUUUUGUUUCUUCUAGUCUCUGUGAAGUUUAAUUGACUUAUUUAUAUAUAAAAAAACCUUUCAUAUUGAUGACAAACUGUCUAGGCAGGUCCUGCGGACAAGUGGUUAAUUCACGAGUUUUAGUGCUUGUUUGUAUGUAUAGAUAUGUGAACUAAACACUUCUGGAUUGUAGCAAAGUGAGUGUUAAAAGUUUAGAAAAUAUUUCUCUGUUGUUUAUAUGUAAAUGUUUUCAGUGUUGCUGUUAAAUUCUUUAAAAGUUGGCUGGAUAUUUUUACCUUACUACAAGAUGUUUGGUUUACAAUAGCUUAACUCUGCUGUAGAAAUGGCACUUAUAACCAAAGCCUUUUCUGUUAUAUGCUAGGGUUUUUUUCCCCCAUUCUCAGUAAUUGAUGGUUUGCAAAACUUUCUGUUCAAGGUAAAUAAAAGUAUUUGACAA